UUAGGACCACCUCAGAAAAUAGUGUCACCUAAACAAGAACAUGAAGAUAGGAAACAGGACAAAGUCACAGAUAAAGGAAGUGAAAGUGGGACUUCCUGUAAUGAGCUCUCCACUUCCAGUUGUGACAGCCACUCAGAGGCGAGCACACCCCAGGACAACCCACCCAAUGCCCAGCAGGCCACCGCUCACCAACCUAACACCUUAACAUUGGAUCGUCCUUCCAAAAAAGCGCCUGUGCAAUGGAUGCCCCCACCAGACAAACGCAGAAACAGUGAACUCUUUCAGACACUCAUCAGCAAGUCCCGGGAGACAAACCUUUCCAAAAAGAAAGUCUGUGAGAAGCUAAGUGUGGAAGAAGAAAUGAAAAAGUGUAUUCAGGAUUUUAAAAAAAUCCAUAUUCCAGAUUAUUUUCCGGAGCGCAAACGCCAGUGGCAAUCUGAACUGCUGCAGAAGUACGGGUUAUAGUAAUUCUCACGUUCCUGGAGUAUUUCAGUGACAUUCGAUGUUUACUACAGUGUCACCACCUGACUGAUGUCCUCACAAUAGUCAGUGUGAUUCUUGCUGCUCUUCCUUUUUGUGAAUGGUGGAUGUUGGAUAGUAUUUUCUUUCAUUCUUCUGUUGUUAUUGUUUUCAGAAACUUGACAAAAAAGGAAAAAAAUGAAGCUUAAUAAAUGUGGAAUCAAAAUGGUGUAUCUGAUUGAAGCCAUUUUGUAAGAAUGAAGGCAAAAUGUGCAUGAUCAAGAAGCU